UAAGUGAAUACUGAGAAGACCGAUAAAUAUAAAAAAAAAAAUUAUAAAUAACAUUGUAGAGAUGUUUAAAUGAUUGUUUUUGUGUGAUGAUUAAAUUCUUAUCUCUAAAAUCGAUUAUAUGAUAUAUUUAGAUACAAUAAUUACAACGUUACACAGUAUUACUGAAAUAUUCGUCGGAUAAUGACAUAUUUCUUUAGAAAAUAAUAGUUAAAUCGAUCGUCCGAUAUAAUCUUUAAUAUCGAUAUACUACUGACGUACGAUUAACGAAAUAUAAUAGUAUAUCGAUAAAUAUUCAAGUACUUAAUAGAAAAUGUAAUCGUUAAAUGUCGUUCAACACCUAUUAUAGAAAGUAAUAUACUCCAUUGGGAAUAUAUCUUUAGAUUACGUGUUAAUAAAAAUUUAAAGUUUCAACUGGCUCAAAAUAGUCGUCAUUUAAUAGCGAUUUAUUUAGUGAAUUUUCAAAUCUACGAAAGGAGAAUCAACGAACAAGUUCGACGAGCAAUUUAUAUGCUGUUUGCUGCUCCGAGAAUACUUUACUAAAAAGUUCUAUAUAUAUAUAUAUAUAUGUACUUAUACAUUUAACACGUGCAUAUAUUAACUAGUGUUAGUGUGACCAAAUUAAACUCGGCAGAUAUUCCAGAAAGAUAAUCGUUAUCAUCGUUCGAUUUUUGCGGAAACACGGGAAGCACGUUUUAAAUUGUGUGUAUACAUGUGUAUAUAUAUAUAUGUCUAUAUAUGAGUGUUUGUAGGUGUAUGCGUGUUGUGACGACGGUAUGUCGAGUCGAGUCGCCAUCGAAAAAGUUAGUAUAAUUUACGAGGGUACGAAAACUUAAACGAGUUCCAACGAGAAGGAGGCCGCAAUCACUUCCACCUCUGCCACUGCCACUAUCGUUACUGUCCUUAAUUGCUCUCAGUAUUUUAUUUCAGUAUUUUCAUUUGAAAACCAACGUAUAUAUACGAAUGAACGAAAUAUAUUUUUAUAAUCAAAGAGUAUACAUAUUUACGCUUCAUUAUGAUGACUACGAUGAUGAAGGAAUCGCAAGAAGAGAAUAUAAAGUUCAUUAAAACAGAUCUUUUACCAGAAAUGGUCUAUAAUCGAUGUUUCUGCGAAUCAGGUUCACGUGAAUUCGUUGAAUUCGACUCAGCAAUUGUUGAAUUAAUCGAAACUUAUCGAGAUUCGACAAAACCAUGGGAAUUAUAUCGAGUCAAAGCUUUUGUUAGAUUUUCCGGUGAAGUUGAAGCUUUUCCUUUAAUCAUAAAGCUUCUACCAACGUCAGUUCAAUCGGAAAAUUCAUUCGCGCGUUUUCAAAACGAAGAAAUGUUUUACAGUAAAAUGACCUCGGUAUAUAAUACAGAUCAAUUUCCAAAGUGUUAUGUUGCGGAUAUGGGACGAUACGGAAUGCCGGUCAUCGUUCUCGAGGAUUUAACUGCGAAUGGAUAUCAAACGAUUCAACAACAACGGGAAAUGGACGAUGAAGAAUUGAAGUUAUCUGUGAAAACUCUUGGAAGGUUUCAUGGGACUGGUUUAAGAUUGAAAGCACAAAAGUUUGAACAUUUUCGCGAAUUUUACAUGAAACUUUCAAAUAUUAUCGUUACCAACGAUGUUUCCGAGGUCCAUGAAGUCGACGAAUCCUUAGAAAAUUUAUUGUUGGUAAAAGAAAUGAAAAAAUUAUGGGAGAGUAAUCAGGUUUUUAUGGAGACUUCGAGAGAAACUAAUACGAAUAUUGAUGAUAUCUCAUGCAUAUGUCAUGGUGAUUUUUCGAAAAGUAAGUUGUUGUUCAAACGCGAGAAGAACGGUCGACCAAUUGAUGCGAAAAUGAUCGACUGGCAAACAAUGAGAUAUUGUUCGCCUGCUAUCGAACUUGUUAUCAUUUUAAUCAUGAAUACUCCAACACCAUCUCAAGAUCAACGUUUCCUUCAAGAAAUAUUGAUGAUUUACGUUGACGCUGUUAUAAGUGAAUAUUUUUCUAUAACGCGUGAACGAUUAAUUGAACAGUUAUCAUCAACUUCAUUAGACUAUUUUAAUUUAUUACUUCAAAAAGAUUUUACUAAUAAGGAAAUUGUUCAACAAUGGAUCGAGUGUUUUAAAUCUUUUCGUCAUUAAAAAGAAAAAAAAAGAAAAUAAAAUAUAAAUCAUAAUAUAAUACAUUUUAAUAUGACGUAAAAUGUUUUGAUGGAAGAUACAUGUUGAACGACCGUUUUCUUUAUCGGUUCUUUUGUUCUUUAUUUAUAACGAUAAAAAAGAUAGUCAAAUAAUU